GGUGUGAGCCACUGCGUGCGGUCCUGGAUCCAGGUGCUAUUUACAGUAUCUAUCAUGGCAGCUGGUGACGGCACCCGGCAAAUUCCAGCAACUGCCAUCAUUCCACAGAGGCUCCCUCCUGCAGGGCCGCUGCUGUGACUCUGAGUAGCGAUUCUUCACGGAUACAACUGCUCUGGCCGUCCUUCCUGCCCUAGUGGCCCCUAAGACUGCGACCUUGCAGGGACUUCAUGGGGCAGCCCCUGCAGGAACAGGGGUGACGCAGGCACUGGAGGAGCUGCCACCCUGGGCUCCCAGCCAGGCCGGCACUGGUGUCCUGAGACUGCUGUGAUGUCAGGAAACUUUCGUAAAAUCUGGAGGCCAGAGCCAGUCUUUGCCUCCCAUGUCAGAAAUGAUCGUGCAGCUGCUUUGCUUUAGGGUAAAAGCCUGAAAUCCUGACAGCAACAAAAUCUUUCCCCUGGGGCAGUGUGUCUUGAGCUGCAAACAACGGAAACCAAUUUGGAUCAUUUUUUAAAAAUGGAAAGUUAUAUUGGAAGGAUGUCAGCUUAGCUCACACAGUGUCUAGGAAGACUGGAAGGUGGGUCUGAGAAACACUGCAGGCAGCUUUCUGUGGCAAGAUCGAUCCAGUUUCUUCUUGGUGACUGCUCAGGGGAGAACAUCCCUUUUGCCUUGCAUGGUGCUGAGCCAGGUCAACUCCAGGCCUGUCCGCCUGUAUCCACCAAGAAAGAGCAGCUCCCCACAAUGAAAUGUGUUCUCCAGCAUCAAGGCUAGCUGUCCAGAAAGCUUCCGGCAUCCUCCCUGAGACCUACCUGCCUUAGGAUCUGUGGGAUCUAUGGACUUUGCUUUUCCCUGGUGACUGGUUACUGUUCACAAAACUCCAACAGCUGGGCCUGGUGUUGUCUUUGUUUUCCACUGAGCAUCUCUAAUUUCACAAUUAUUUAUUGCAGCUGCAGUUGUAAGCAACACCAGGCCCGGGGAUGGGCAUCGGCACUGACCUCGAGCUGGUGCAGAAUGCAUCCUGGACAGAGGGGCAGGGGCAUCCUGGUGCAGGCGCAAGCCUGAAACCAGAUAGUAAUUGCUACCAGGGGAGUCAGCAGGGCUUCAUGCCCUUCACAGUUAAUGUGGGCAGGCUGUCAUCAGUAAGGCACUGAUGUCUUCAUGAUGUGUCCAGUUGCAGAUCGAAUUAUCCUGAAAUGGACAAGGCAGGUUUACUGGGGGGAGAUGUUAGAAAGGAAAAAUAGUGCACAGAAGGCGCCAGGGCCCUGUGACCCUGUGCUCACACCUCAUGUUUCCUCACACCUCGUGGUUGCACACCGUGGUAUGGGGCACCCUGAGCUCCGACUUCUGGGCUGUGAGCUAGGAAGAACAGUAGCUUUGCAGGACUCCUGUCAACCCUAUGGUUUGUGAGCAUGGAAAAGGCCUUUAGCUAUAUAUGCAACGGGAAGCCAUGGUUUUUUAUCAUAAGCCCCAGUUUUUAGGAAGCCCUCAUUACAUAUUGGGCCUCGGGCUUUCUCCUUCCAAAUUCCUAAUUCUCCCACCCUGCUGGGCCUGGGAGCCCCGUUUCCUUGAAAGGGUCAUAUUCCAUCCUAAUGUAUAUGAAUCUUAAUCUAAGUGUCAGUUACAUCCUAAUACUUUAAAAACUUGCUCAGAUUUUCAGAAGCCUGAAAGAGGUGUCAGGUUCUGUGUGAGGUAAGAUGGGGGACCUUGCACUUCAUCUCCCUGUACGAGAUCUUCCAGGAACCUCUGCCCCACACUCCAGCAUGACGGUAGGGGCAGUGGCUGCUAGACAAGGGGCUUGAAUUUAAGUCCAGACUCCCUGGUGUGUGGGUGGACAGUUUCCUUCUGGGACUGAAGGAGCACGUGGAAGAUGGUCCUUUCCUUUCUAGAAGCAAACCUCAGCCCUGCCCCAGCUAAGCUGUCAUGCUCAGUGCCAGUGUUCUCAUGUGGCGUCUGUAUCCCUGCCUCUCAUGCAGGACACCCGAGAGUCGUGCCCGGCAUCUUUUCCUGGCACAAGAACCCACUUCCUUCUCUUUUCCUGCCUUCCGUGGAGGACCUGCUGCCAGGAUUCCAGCCUCAGUCCUCAGACAGGUCUCUAGGGCCAGUCUCAGCCACGUUCUGCGUGCCUGGCCGUCAGGGAGGGUAAAGGGUGGGUUUCACCAAUGAGAAUGGCAGCCCGUGUCGGGGAGGGAGACGAUCGCUAGGCAACCUGGAGUUUGUUACCCUGGUAACAGAUCCAGGCACUGAUGCUGUGGAUGGACAUCUUGUGACGAUGGCCUCUCAGGCUCCCCAGACGUCAGCGGCGCUGGAUUCCCACCUUGUGCCUGGCGUCCUUUUCCUGCAUGGCUACUUUAAUUAACCACUUGGAUUUCUUAUAAUCGGGCACCCUGUCCGAUAACCAUCCUGCCAGCACCCCUGAAAGUGAAGUUGAGGUGUUCCUCACCCUGUGGGCACGACAGCCUGGGGGAUGAGGCCAGGACUGCCAGGCCUCACAGGAGUGUGCCCUCAGACCUCAAGCAGGGGGCCGGAAGAGUCUACUGAAAAAGGAAUCUUUCGGAAUUUGGCAGUUGCACCAUUCUUAGCAGAAAAGAGGAACCAAGGUAUCCGCCCCCAGAUCAUGAACGGCCCCCUGCACCCCCGCCCCCUGGUGGCGCUGCUGGAUGGCCGCGACUGCACCGUGGAGAUGCCCAUCCUGAAGGACCUGGCCACCGUGGCCUUCUGUGACGCGCAGUCCACUCAGGAGAUCCACGAGAAGGUUCUAAACGAAGCCGUGGGUGCCAUGAUGUACCACACCAUCACCCUCACCAGGGAGGACCUAGAAAAGUUCAAGGCUCUGAGAGUGAUCGUGCGGAUAGGCAGUGGCUACGACAACGUGGACAUCAAGGCUGCCGGCGAGCUGGGAAUUGCUGUGUGCAACAUCCCGUCCGCAGCCGUGGAAGAGACAGCUGACUCCACCAUCUGCCACAUCCUCAAUCUGUACCGGAGAAACACGUGGCUGUACCAGGCCCUGCGGGAAGGCACGCGGGUUCAGAGCGUGGAGCAGAUCCGUGAGGUGGCCUCGGGAGCAGCCCGUAUCCGUGGGGAGACACUGGGCCUCAUCGGCUUCGGUCGCACGGGGCAGGCGGUUGCAGUUCGAGCCAAGGCCUUUGGAUUCAGCGUCAUAUUUUAUGACCCCUACUUGCAGGAUGGGAUCGAGCGGUCCCUGGGCGUGCAGAGGGUCUACACGCUGCAGGAUUUGCUGUAUCAGAGCGACUGCGUCUCCCUGCACUGCAAUCUCAACGAACAUAACCACCACCUCAUCAACGACUUUACCAUAAAGCAGAUGAGGCAGGGAGCAUUCCUUGUGAACGCAGCCCGUGGUGGCCUGGUGGACGAGAAAGCCUUAGCACAGGCCCUCAAGGAGGGCAGGAUACGAGGGGCAGCCCUCGACGUGCACGAGUCGGAGCCCUUCAGCUUUGCUCAGGGUCCGUUGAAAGAUGCACCAAAUCUCAUCUGCACUCCUCACACUGCCUGGUACAGCGAGCAGGCGUCGCUGGAAAUGAGGGAGGCAGCUGCCACCGAGAUCCGCCGAGCCAUCACAGGUCGCAUCCCAGAAAGCUUAAGAAACUGUGUGAACAAGGAAUUCUUCGUCACAUCAGCGCCUUGGUCAGUAAUAGACCAGCAAGCAAUUCAUCCUGAGCUCAAUGGUGCCACAUACAGAUAUCCGCCAGGCAUCGUGGGCGUGGCUCCAGGCGGACUUCCUGCAGCCAUGGAAGGGAUCAUCCCUGGGGGCAUCCCAGUGACUCACAACCUCCCGACAGUGGCACAUCCUUCCCAAGCGCCCUCUCCCAACCAGCCCACAAAACACGGGGACAAUCGAGAGCACCCCAACGAGCAAUAGCAGAGAAUGCCGGAAGGUAAUCAUUCAGAUACACUCGGGACCAAGAGACAGUGAAAAAUAGAUGAACUAAGAGAAGAAGAAUCUGACGGUCUUUGUAACUGAUUCUGGACAUAGGCAUCAUUGAUGUUGCAGUGUUAAAACUACAAGAGCUAGAAAAACUGAAGAUGUCGUCUGCUUACGGAAGCGCUGAAAGACUAGGAUGUGAUUUAUUAACGACCAACUUCUGUUAUUGUGUGUUAAGUUUUUCAUCUGUGCAUCAAAUCACAAAGAAUAAAUAGAGCUUUUUCCUUUAUCAGUCCCUUGGGCACAGCAGGUCCUGAACACCCUGCUCGAGAAUGUUGCAUCAAGAGUUCAAACAUCCAAAUAAAAAAUAUUAAGAGGAAAUCCCCAUCCUGUGACUUGAGUCCCUUCAGUCUACAGGGGCUGGUUACCUCUUUUUGCUAAUAGGAAGAUCACAUUACUACCAAAUGGGGAGAAAACUGUUUGCCUGUGGUAGACACCUGCACGCAUAGGAUUGAAGACAGUACAGGAUCCUGUACAGAGAAGCGUCUCUCACAGCUGAACUGUAUACUGAGCGGGCAAGUUGGUUGUAAGUUAAGUAAAACCCUCUGAUGAUGCGUAGUAAUGAAAAAAAAAAAAAAAAGUAUUAAGUUUCACAAGCUGUUUGUACUCAAAUAUAUUUUCUCAGUUUCAGAUCCUCUGCUAUUUUAUUGAGUGGAAAGUCUUGAACAUAAAAGGGUUCAAGAAGAAUAAUGUUGCAUUUCCUUAUGUCUCAGGAAACACUUUUUAUGGUAACUUGUCAGAUUGUCUAUGAACAAACCCACUUUUUUAGACAUUGAUAAAGUCUUUUUUUCUUCACGUGAUAUUUUAUACAAGAACACUUCAGAUGUAUUAGAUGUGACUGAUUUUAACAAAUCCUAUUAGAUUUGUAUCAACUAGUUACAUGUUCUAUUCAUAGUCUUUUGUGAAUCAUUGCCUUUUUGUUUAAAAAGAUGGCCUAUUUUGAGCCUUUGUAUAGGUACAUUCCUGUUUUUGUGACAAAAAAAAACUUUAAAAUUGUCCCAAACAGAAAAAUAAUGGCUAUCAGAAGUAUGUUUUGUUUUAGUGUGAGUUACCGUUACUGUAUUUGUUUAUUGUAAAGGUGGACAUUUAGCGUUCAGUGCAGUUUUCAAUAAAAAGUAAUUAAAAUUUCUGUUAAGUUCUGAAAUUCAAGUACAUCUCACUAAAGUAAAAGUUCUCUACUUGAGAUGUUUAAGGUAACUGCAUUGUCAAUUAGCCAAUUUCCAACUCUUGUUACUCCAGGGUUCUAUCUGCAAAUUCCAUAACGAGACUCAAGAACGCUGACAAUUACCUCAUGUAAUAGAAGGUUUAAUUGAAAAAACAAAACCUCACAGAAGUCCAUCAUUAUCAAGUCAUGCUAUCUUGGUGUGUUUGUUAGAGCUAAGUCAAUUCAAAAAACAAAGUUGCUCAACUUCAGAGUUUUGAUUUUAAUUUACCCCAAAGCAAAAUGACCUGGACCUAGUUCCAGGGAGGGAAGUGAACCUUGAAACUGUUUUGCCAAUAACCUAACAAAAUGAUAUUUACAAAGAAGUGUUGCAAAAUAGGUAAGAACUUGAAGAUUUAAUGAAUCUGCUUUUUAAAUAGCAUUAAACCUUUAUAGUAAAGUGUCUGCAAAUGUCAAGUCCAGCAAUUCCAGGUAUCAAACUCCUUCUGAGCUCUUCCUUAUACUUCCCUUCCCAUUAAAACAACACCAACCCCUCACCCC